CACUCCUUCCUCACCUAUCCAUCACCAUCACUCACAUUCGUAAGCAAACCACAAAAAUAAAAUAAAAUAAAUUAAAAAUGGGAAGCUGCUUUCUAGUCUUGGUCGUUCUACUCUUCUCCUCCUCCGUUAACGCCUGCGACCGAUGCCUUCACCGCUCUAAGGCUGCUUAUUUCUCCUCUGCCUCUGCUCUCUCCUCCGGAGCUUGCUCCUAUGGUUCAAUGGCUACGGUUUUCUUCGCCGGUCACAUAGCCGCUGCCGUGCCUUCCAUCUACAAAGACGGCGCCGGCUGCGGAGCUUGCUUCCAGGUCAGAUGCACCAACCCUUCUCUUUGCAGCACCAAAGGAACCACGGUGAUGGUCACCGACCUGAACAGGAGCAACCAAACCGAUCUCCUCCUAAGCAGCAGAGCCUUCAGGGCCAUGGCUAAGCCGGUUCUUGGCGCCGACAGAGAUCUUCUUAGACAGGGCAUUGUCGACGUUCAAUACCAGAGAGUCCCUUGCGAUUACGGAAACAAGAAGAUGAUGAAUGUGAGAGUUGAAGAAUCAAGCAAGAAGCCAAACUACUUGGCAAUAAAGCUCUUGUACCAAGGAGGCCAAACCGAAGUCGUAGCCAUCGACAUUGCUCAGGUUGGUUCCUCCCACUGGAGUUACAUGACCAGAAGCCACGGUGCCGUCUGGGUCACUGACAAAGUACCAACCGGACCUCUUCAGUUCAGGUUCGUGGUGACUGCUGGCUUUGACGGCAAAAUGCUCUGGUCUCCCAGAGUUCUUCCGGCCAACUGGGAAGCCGGCAAGAUCUACGACGCCGGCGUUCAGAUCACCGACAUUGCUCAGGAAGGUUGUGAUCCAUGCGACGAUCACAUCUGGAGCUGAUUUACUACUUACUUCCUUAGAGCCCUCCUCAUGUGUAAUCAAUCAGUCAUUCACUAUUAUUUCAUUAACUGCAAUUAAUGUUAGAGAAAUUGCACUGCAUAUACAAGCAUAACCGCUUAAUUUGCAGAUAUGGAAAAGUGCUUUUUUCAUCAACACGCGCUUGAUUUUAUGACUAUUCUACCCCUAGGUUCGUGUAACGCUACCUACAGCCUAUUCAAUUUCGAAACCACCUAUAUUCUCUUUCUCAUGCGUCACCAAAAUCGAUACAACACUCAUCUCUCUCCUAGUAUCUUUCACCGCUCAUUUUUUUGGGAGUUCUUCGUCAUCUCCGUCGAAAAUUAUUUUCAGAGGUUUCUAAUACCAAUCUCCGAUCACCGCAAACCUAAUUCUGAGUCGCAAUUAUUUAUCACAUCCUUUGACGAUUUCAUGUUCCCCACGGGAGAUCAAAUGGCAGACACCUUUUUCCAUCUCGGUUCUUUGCCAUUGGAGAUGAACCCGAUGGUCUGAGAGUCACUUUCUACCACCUACCACAAGCCUGGAUGCAUAAAGCAUAUAUUAGAGACACUCGAGGAAGACGAACUCGAAGUCCUAAAGGCGUCGUCUUUUGGAAAAUUCAUAGAGUUGGCAGACCAGUCUCCAUAUUUCGGUCGUCUUGGACGUUUCAUGAUGUCGAGACAGCUUAAAGUAAACAAGAAAUACGAGGCAAUGGUAUUAAACCAGCACAUGCAAGGACGCUGGACACGGCUGAAAAUGUCCAUGUUACGUCUAUUAUUCCUCAGGACCUGAAAGCACUGACCGUGGAAAGGGCAAGCAAGAAGAUGAAACGAAAGCUAAGAGAGCGCUUGUUACUCUUUGUGAGAUUCUCAAGAAGAAGGUGUGGCUUGGUGAUAAACAUGAUAGAGUUGCCAUUGCAAUUUGUUAAGCUUGCUUUCAUGCUUCAUCUUGGAGGUUUAUCUAAAACUACGUCACUCAUAUUGUAACUUCAGUGUUGAUUGGUUGAAGAGACGUGGUUUACAUUAGGAAGCACAUGUUCCAAGAUGCAGAGAUUCAAUCUGUUAGUAGCUCUUUAGAAACCAGACCUUCAGUGUCAUUACUGUAUGGAAUCUUGAGAAAUACACUUAUUGUCUAGAUCGGGAAGGAUAACAUUUUGAAUGACCGGCUAUGUAUGAAUGGUAAUGUUUUUUUCUGUUUUUUAUCCGAACUUGUAAUAUAUUAACCGGGAAUGUCAAUAAUGGUGAUUUCUUAUGUUUUGCAA